AUGGGGUGGAUGGACAACAUCAACAAGAAGGUCGCCGUCAGUCCGGUGGGCAGAUGGUUCCGGUUGGAGGGCUGUGGUCAUCCCAAGGAGCGCAAGGGAUCUCAAUUCUUCACCGAGAUCCGCGGCGGCCUGGCCACCUUCUUCGCCAUGGCCUACAUCAUCGCCGUCAACUCCUCCAUUGUCUCGGAUUCCGGCGGUACCUGCGUCUGCAAUGGCGGCUCCGCUGACCCCAUUUGCAACACCAACGACGAGUACGCCCUGUGUGUCCAGGCCAUCAAGCGUGAUGCCGUCACUGCCACUGCCGCCAUCUCGGCCUUUGCCAGUUUCUUCAUGGGCCUCUUGGCUAAUCUCCCCGUCGGUCUUGCUCCUGGAAUGGGUCUGAAUGCCUACUUUGCGUACACUGUCGUUGGUUUCCACGGAUCUGGUCCUGUCCCUUACCGCGUCGCCUUGACUGCCAUCUUCGUUGAGGGUUUCAUUUUCCUGGGCCUGGCCAUCUUUGGUAUGCGACAAUGGCUUGCCCGUGCCAUUCCUCACUCGAUUAAGCUGGCUACCGGCGUGGGUAUUGGUCUCUUCUUGACUCUCAUCGGUCUGACCUACAGCGAGGGUCUUGGCAUCAUUACUGGAGCCACAGACACUCCUCUUGCGCUUGCUGGCUGCUCGCCCGCCAACAUGCUUGAUGACGGCACUUGCCCUAGCUUUGACAAGAUGCGCCACCCCGCCAUGUGGAUCGGUAUCUUCUGCGGAGGUUUCUUUACCGUGCUCCUCAUGAUGUACCGUGUCAAGGGCGCCGUCAUUGCCGGUAUCAUUCUCGUCAGCAUCAUCUCCUGGCCCCGAACCACGCCCAUCACCUACUUCCCUCACACCCCCGUUGGAGAUGACUCGUUCAACUUCUUCAAGAAGGUUGUAGACUUCCACCGCAUCGAGAACACGCUCAACGUGCAGGAAUGGGAUGUGAGCGCGUAUGGUGGCCAAUUUGGUCUUGCCCUCAUCACCUUCCUCUAUGUCGAUAUCCUCGACUGCACGGGUACGUUAUACGGUAUGGCUCGUUUCGCCAACCUCAUCGACCCCGUUACCCAGGAUUUCGAGGGUUCCGCUGUUGCCUACAUGGUCGACGCCAUCAGCAUCUCCAUCGGUGCCCUCUUUGGUGUUCCGCCCGUCACCGCCUUCGUCGAGUCCGGUGCUGGUAUUUCCGAAGGUGGCAAGACUGGUCUCACAUCUGUCGUGACCGGCAUUUGCUUCUUCAUCAGCAUCUUCUUUGCUCCCAUCUUCGCCUCCAUCCCACCGUGGGCUACUGGCAGUGUCCUCAUCCUCGUCGGAUCCAUGAUGGCCACUUCCGUCACGGAGAUCAACUGGAAGUACAUGGGCGAUGCCGUCCCUGCUUUCCUCGCCAUUGCCAUCAUGCCCUUCACAUACUCGAUUGCCAACGGCCUCAUUGCCGGUGUCAUGUCGUACAUCAUCAUCAAUUCCAUCGUAGGACUCCUGAGGUUCGUUUCUCGCGGCCGCAUCGUGCCUCCCAACCACGACGAAAAGGAGCCCUGGACAUGGCGCAUUCCUGGCGGUUUCUUCCCUCCUUGGCUGGUUCGCCUGUUCCAGGGCAAGAAGGACUUUUGGCGGGAGCCCGAUUCCGUCGUUGUAGACAAUGCGGCGGAAAAGGAACAAGACGCCAGUUCAGAUGUUGGUAACGAUGUGAGCCGUACCGCCGAAACAGCCGAGGUCAAGAUGUAA